AUGCAAGUCAUUGGAAUUUUAAACAUCUAACCGGUGCAACUUAGAAGGUGGAUCUCUCAACACAGGGACACAAUACACAUGUUCAUUAAGAUGUAUCCAGAGUGUGUUGUCCCUGAUUAAGGGAUGGGACUACAAAAUGAAGCCAGUCUGCAGAGUGUUGGUCCUUCAAGUAGUUUUCCUAUGGAUAUUUUAUUGUCUCUUGACGUCCUCGUUUUCGAUAUUUCCGGUAGACAUUUGCCCAGAAAAUGAAACUGAAGUGGAAGAAGCUUCCGAGAGACUUAAUUGUUCCUUUGGUUUCCACGAGACUACGAAUGAGUAUCACUGUGUCCCCUUCUCAAAUCUAACACAACUUGUCGAGUUUUGUUAUCCGAAAACAAGUGGAUUGAUAGAAAAAGGACUUUGUAUGAUCCUUGAGGGAGACACUUUGGAUGAUCGGAAUUGCCACCGUUUUAAGAAUGGCUGUUCAGACACACAUUAUACUUCUGAGACAAUGUAUAAAUUUCCUAUGUGUUCGCGAAUCAAUAAAGAAUUAAGAUGCUAUCUGGCUGAACCCUCCUGUCCUCCUGUCAGACAAGUUUCAUCCGAUAGCACCCAGAACACCACAACAGAGGAAAAUAUCACUGUGGAUGUGAAUACAUCAACAUGGGUUAUAGCUAUAGGAAUAUUAAUUCCCGUCCUGGUUUUUCUGUCUCUAACAGUUUUUUACAAAUUCCAAACGACACAAAAAAGAACAAAACAAAGAAAUGAUGUUGAAGAAAUGGACAACCUUUUGGAAGGCCAAGACUUCAAGGAAAUCGGUAGCGCGGAUGAAGAGUCACCAUCUUUGAAUCAUGGAGACACAAGAAUCACUAGUAGUACGGAUGAAGAGUCAUCAUCUUUGAAUCCUGGAGACACAAGAAUCAAUAUUGAAGACUACGCCAGGGACGAGAAGUUUCAAGAGCGUUUCCAACAAUAUCUUAAAGAGGGAUCAGUGGAUGUGUGCCCAAUAUCACAAAUCAUUAUUGUUGGUGAGAAUGGAGUAGGGAAAACAAUCCUUCUUUAUCGUCUUCAAGGAAGAAGUCAGGAAGAAAUAAAGCAAAUACAAUCAACAAGAGGCAUAUAUUGUCACACACAAAAAUACGGAUUCAUUGUAACUAAUAACCAACUUGAGAUUAAUAAAGAAGGGAAAAGCAAUCUGGCAGUGCCACCAGAAAAAGUGCUAGCAGGAAUCAAGAAAGAAGUGGCAAUCGUAAAUGAUGAUAAGAAAGAAGGAAUCAAGAAAGAAGUAACAAUCGUAUAUGAGGAUCAGAAAGAAGAUGGAAAUUCAGCACGGAGUUUGAAGGAGGAGCAACUCAUCAAGGAAGAAAACACGAGGAAGCAGGAUGACGUGAGGAAAAGUGGAGAUAAUGAAGAUACUUCGUCCAAAUCAAAUAAGAGACAUGAUAUGAGUGUCGAAGAACAAAUUACACGUGACGAGAGAAAGGCUACAGAAGAAGAAGUUGACACUUUACAAGCAUCAGCACGUAGGACAGAAGAAGCUAUGCCUGAAGGGAGGACAAACGCAACAGAAGUAGCUGGAACUGUAGAAGGUCAUCUUCCUUCCAAAGAAAAUUGGGUGAAGAAACUGAUGCCAAUCGUAGAAUCCAAACUGGCAGAAGGACGAAAUAUUGGGAAGCAGCUACGGAACAAAAAUGACGUUGUGUUGAAUGUCUUAGAUUUCGCUGGUCAAGGUGCAUAUUACGCCUCACAUCAGGCACACAUGCGCAAAAACGCAAUUUAUAUAAUUGUUUACGACGUUUCGAGGGACUUAGCCGGGAGAAAGGAAGACGAAGAUUCUACGGUGUCUUCGGAUAACACAACAUAUCUUUGUGACAGACCAGAUACACCAUUCUCAUGCUGGACUCAACAAGAUUACAUUCAUUACUGGUUGAAUACGAUUCGAGUUCACGGAGGAAACUGUGAAAACAUCAUUCUCGUAGGAACUCACGAAGACAAGAAAAGGAGUGACUACAAGUUAAAAUACAACCAAUUACUGCCAAUCAUUCAGAGCGUCUUGCCAGAGGAGAGAUGUGAAUUCACAAUGGAUCUGUCCAGAAGAAAUGAAGAGGAGGAUAUCAAAUUAAUGCACAUUAAAAAGCACAUUUGCAAAGCAGUUUCAAGUUCAAUGAGAAUAUUUCUUCCGGCAAAGUGGAUGAAGUAUGAAGACAUCUUUGAUAUCAUAAAAUCAGAAAAGAAAACACCUGUGAUUAGUAUAGACGAUCUUCUGGAAAUGAUUGAUCACAUGGAGACAGAAAUGAUGGAUGUUGAAAUUUACGACAUGCUGCAUUAUUUUCAUAAAAAUGGAAGCAUUCUUUUCUUCAAUAUGGACAGAUUGCGCGAAAUUAUCAUUUUAGAUAUUCCGUGGUUUGUUGACUGUUUUAAGCAUAUAAUAACUGAUCGGGAACACGCCAAAGAAGAUAAUGGAAUCGUAAACAAAAAUGUCCAGGAAAAAUGGAAUCUUUUUUUUGAAAAAGGUUUGAUGGAUUCGAGCCUUUAUAACAAUCUGUUAAACACCAAAGCUGCCAAUUUGCCACAGGGACAUCAAGAAAUACUAGGAGAAUAUCUACAGAAAUUGGGAAUGAUGCAUCACAUCGAGGAAUUUGAAAUUUCGGAACACAAGAAGAUUAAUGCUUGGUACGUUCCUUGUGUAAACACCAAAACUUUUACCCCAAAGGAAGAGAAAUACGUGAACAACGAGGCAUCACCUAUUUUAUGUUUCCAAUUUGAAGAUUAUUUGCCUAUAGAUUUAUUUGGAAGAAUGAUAGUUCUCUGCUUGAGUUCAGGAAAAUGGUGUACUGUUAGUGGUCAUCUCUACAAGGAAGGUGCGCACAUGCUCUAUCGGGAAACAGAUGAAAGCAAAAGCGAUCCAUUACAGGUUUACCUGUUCAAAGCAAGAGAAAUUAUUACGGUCCAAGUAAUCAACCGAUCAACAGCAGAAUUACAAGGAACGGGAGUUAGGAAGGAAAUCCAAAAUACCAUUCAAGAACUUCUGGCAAAUUUCUAUGCAUCCUCAAAGAAUUGCAAAAUUGGAUUAUUGUGCAGUAAAAAGGAAGGUUACAAAGAAUCGUCCGGGGAACAUUUCAUAUCAAUGACAUCUAAAGACAAAUAUUGUCAUACCUGUAAAAAAGACGUCAAACGUGAGGUGGAGCAAGCAUGCGAAUUCUGGAAAAAAUUACACAAAGAGGACUAUACCUUAAAUAAAAUAGAAUCAGUGGAAGGAGAAAGACAAGGGAUUAUCGCUUGUUGCCAGGCCUAUCGGAAGGUCCAGGAAAAAAUACUCUUUGAUUUCAAUGCAGGAAAAGACAUGGAAUUUGGUACUUUCUACACUUCUCUGCUGACGAAAAGGAGCUCAACUACAACCGGAGAACACGCUAUAGAGCAAGAGACCAAAAUGAAAAGCCUUGAUAGUUUUGUUGACAUUGGUGUGAAGUUAAAACAUCUUAGCGAUGCUUUCUAUACAAGUAAAAGGAAUAAGGAACAAAGCAUGGCAUCCAUCAAGGAAAUUGCGCACACUUUGAAAGAAAUAUUGAUGACGUUUGAUGACGAGGAUAGAAGUUUGAGACGAUAUUUCUUUUUCUUAUGGGCAGGAACUGUAGAAGAUAUUCAACUUGAAGAUAUCCACAAGAUACCUCAGAUAGAUUUAAGUUUUCCCAAAUUGAAGUUCGGCGAUGACGUGAAACUGAAGGCGAGCACUGAUGUUGAUGCAUCUCUUUUCAUCUGGCUAAAGAAAAACCAUCCUACAAACAGAUUCGAAAUUUUAAGACAAACUACAAAGUCAAUAUUUCGUCAAUUGAGAAAGGAUUCAUUUCACAUAAAAAGGUUUUCAAAGGAUGAUGAGGGGCAUUACCAACUUAUAGUUGCAACCAAACAGACAGUUGGGAGGAGGACAUUUGAGCUACAAUCAGGAACGAAUGGCUACACUCCACUUCAUGAAGCUUGUCAAGUUGGUGAUGAUACCGCUGUACAACAACUACUGCAAAAUGGCGCCGACAUCAAUGUAUAUGACAAUGAAGGAUUCAAUCCUCUUCACAUAGCCUGUAAAGAAGGACAUCACAGCACGGUACAAAUUUUACUGAACAAUGGCGCCAAUAUAAAUUUAUAUAGAAAUACAGGAGCCAGUCCUUUAUAUAUAGCUUGUGGAAAAGGACAUGACAGCACUGUACAUCUUUUACUGAACAAUGGCGCAGAUAUCAAUUUAUGUCAGAAUGAUGGAAUCAGUCCUCUAUAUAUAGCUUGUCAAAAUGGACAUGACAUCACGGUACAACUUUUACUGAACAACGGCGCUGAUAUCAAUUUAUGUAUGAAUGAGGGAUUCAGUCCUCUUCACAUAGCCUGUAAUAAAGGACACGACAGCACGGUACAACUUUUCCUGAACCAUGGCACCGAUAUCAAUUUAUGUAUGAAUGAGGGAUUCAGUCCUCUAUAUAUAGCUUGUUAUAAAGGACAUGACAGCACGGUACAACUUUUACUGAACAAUGGCGCCGACAUCAAUUUAUGUCGGAAUGAGGGAGACAGUCCUCUAUAUAUAGCUUGUGAAAAAGGACAUGACAGCACGGUACAACUUUUACUGAACAAUGGCGCUGAUAUCAAUUUAUGUAAAAAAAAUGGAGUCACUCCUCUAUAUAUAGCUUGUUAUAAAGGACAUGACAGCACAAUACAACUCUUACUAAACAAUGGCGCCAAUAUCAAUUUAUGUAAAAAGAAUGGAGUCAGUCCUCUAUAUAUAGCUUGUCAAAAUGGACAUGACAACACGGUACAACUGUUACUGAACAAUGGUGCCGAUAUAAAUUUAUGUACCAAUAAUGGAGCCAGUCCUCUAUAUAUAGCUUGUCAAAAUGGACAUGACAACACGGUACAACUGUUACUGAACAAUGGUGCCGAUAUAAAUUUAUGUACCAAUAAUGGAGCCAGUCCUCUAUAUAUAGCUUGUGAAAAAGGACAUGACAGCACGGUACAACUUUUACUGAACAAUGGCGCUGAUAUCAAUUUAUGUCAGAAUGAUGGAGUCAGUCCUCUAUAUAUAGCUUGUCAAAAUGGACAUAACAGCAUGGUACAGCAUUUACUAAACAAUGGCGCUGACAUCAAUUUAUGUAGAAAUGAUGGAACCAGUCCUCUUGGCAUUGCGCGUCAAAAUAAGCAUUACGAUGUAGUAAAAGUGUUGCUUAGAAGAUUGCGGUGAUAUCUAACUUCAUAGAUGAUUGUUCAAGGAUUUUUUUUACUCAAUUAACGCGUUCAUUCACAAAAAGGACAGGUGCCUUAAUGAACGAGUAAGGAAUACAUAAUCUUUAUACAACUCAAGAAUACGACAGAUACUGAUAUAAUGAACGAAUCGGGAACUUAUGGAAAAGAGAGAUAUAAACACAAGCUUCUGAAUUGUUAAAGAAAAUGAGAUAAUUCAUAAUGUUGGUAUAUAGCGUGCAGUACAUAUAUGCUUCUUGUUAUACACCUGCCCUCAGACGGGGUUUACCAUAUUCUGGCGUUGUCCGUGCGUCCGAACGUGUGUCGUCCGAGGUCAUGUUUUUCGGACUUUUUUUCCGUUACGUAUAUAUGUACAGCAUUGACAUUUAGUCAUAAUUUCGCGUUGAAGAAGCGUAAAAGUGAGUUUGCAUUUCAAAUAGAUCGGUGAACCGUAACCACUUGAGGGUCAACAGUAGUAAAACAGGUUCCCACACUUCCUUCGUUAUGGGUACAGGUAUUGCCCUGACAUUCUGUUACAAUCUCGCUCUCAGAGAAAUACGUGAUUAAUUCACAUGACAGCUGAAUUGGUGCACCAUGAACUUCCUUAAUGCUUUUCUAUUUAUAUAUCUAUACCCAAUCAGGGUGCAAAUUGUGCUUAAAGGUUGAAUAUCACUGUCCUACGAACAUAUAACGUACCGUUUGGGGUAUACUUGAUACAAUAUAAUCUAAAUGCGUAAUAUAUCAUAGAUUUACAUGUAAUUUGAAUGUUGAAUAUAGCUCAAAUGCAUUCGUGAUUUAUAUAUAUAUAUAU